AUGGAGGCAGACUUCGUAGCUGCUGUGCUGGUGGAGUGUAAAUCUGCUGAGCUGAAUAAGGCACAACGACACCUUCAGGGAUUGGCCGGACUCUCCCAGGGCUACAGCGACGCAUACAACAACUACAUCAGCUACAACAGCAACUACAAUAGCGAGGACUAUUACUACGACUACGAGGAGGGAGAGAAGAUGCAGCCGACCUUCCUGGCGCGCCCCCAGACCUUCACUGUGGAGGUCGGCCAGUCUGUCAUCAUCCCUUGCGACGUGGAGAAUCAAGGGAUGAACAAACUCAUCAUUAAGAAAAUUCCUUCACUCGGAGGCAAGGAGAAGCUGGUGUCUGUGGGGAAAGAAAAAGUGACGCGGGACCGUCGGCUCACCGUAGACGGCUCCCGUCUCACCAUCUCCCCCGUCCGGCCGCGAGACGCCGGCACCUUCCUCUGCACGUUCGAGACGGAGGAGCCCGUCCAGCUGCGCCACACGCUGGACGUGCAGAUGGCGCCGAGCGUGAGGUCCCUGGCGCCACCCGAGCAGCGGGUCAACAGGGGCGCCACCGUCACCCUAGAGUGUGAGGCUGAGGGCAACCCGCACCCCGUCAUCCGCUGGUCCCGUCAGGAGGGCCCGCUGCCCUCUGGUCAGCGGACGCUACAGGGCCGGAGCCUGACGCUGACGGAGGUGGACCGUCACGCCGAGGGGACGUACCUCUGCAGCGCCGACAACGGCAUCGGGGAGGCCGCCUCCGCCGCCAUGACCCUGACCGUCGAGUACCCGCCAGAGGUCACCACUGACAAGGGGAUCGUACGGACGGGAGCCGGUGAUCGGGUCGAACUGGCGUGUGUGGUGACGGGUCAACCCGUCCCUGACGUGUUCUGGACACGUGACGGUCACCCGCUCUCUCCAAACAACGUCGACACCAAAUUCUACCUUGUGGAACGCCACAACCGCUCGCAGGAUGUGCCCAGCGGUCACCUGAGCCCCGCCCCGGGCCCCAUUAGUGUCCCCCUGGCCCCGCCUGGCUCCACAGGUGCCCAUGUAACCCACGGCGCCACCACACAUACCCAGCACCUCCCCCACGCUGCCCACAGACACAUUCUCACUAUUGACCGUGUCUCUGAGAAGGACUUUGGCGCCUACGUGUGUGUCGCAAGGAACAGUCACGGGCACGCGGACACCGUCAUACAGAUGACAGGGCUGCCCAAGCCGCCCCAGGUCACCAGCAGCCCCAACGGUGGUGAGAGGAACACCUACACUCUCACCUGGGACACUGAGAGUUACUACCCCGUCACUGAGUUCCUCAUCAGGUACCGCAGGACGAACCUGGGGAGCUGGCAGGCCAACCACACCAUGGUGCUGCCCGGUGCGUGGCGGGAACUAUCCAGGACUGUGGAGCCUCUCUCCCUGUCCACGGCCUCCCCAGCCACGGUGGCCACGGACGGCCUGCGGCACACUCUGGCCUCCACGGUGGCGGGACUGGAGGCCGCCACGGACUACGAGGCCACGGUCAGGGUCAGGAACACGUACGGCUGGUCGGCGCCCUCCCCUGUCUUCUCCUUCUCCACCAAGAAAGUAAUGGCGGUGUUGCAGUCGACCAGCGGCACGCAGCCCCAGCUGGUCCCGGCGCCCCACAGCUGGCUCCUCGCCCUCUUCAUCACCACCUUCCUUGCCAGGGAGCAGCCAGCUGUUAUCUAGGCACAGUCAGCUGUUAUCGAGAAACCUAACUACUAAUAUCUAGAGAACAACCCAUCCUCCAAGCAUAACAGUACCUAUAUCUAGUAUGGCUGGCUAACAGUACAAAAUAUGAACUGUUGCAACCCAACCUCCUCCCCCCCCCCCUCUGGAAAAAGUCUACGUUUUGUACAAUUAAUUUUUCAGAGACGUGAGAAAGGAGGCAAGAAUCAAACCUAAUUUUUCCUAAGCCUAUCAUAGUACACAUAUACACUAAAUAAUGCCUAAGAUUGCUCACUAUAGGCCUUGGAUAACGUAUUUAGGCCUAGAAAGGGUUCGGUUAGGCUGGCUGAUUUAAGUUUUGUAAAGCUUAAUAAUUUGAGAAGGAUCCAGCCAAUUAUACAGUCUAUCAACGACUUUUUAAAACUUUCUUACAUUUUUAUACUUUUUAUGUUAAAAUGGUUUUGUUGUGAAGUGUGUUCGGUGGACACGGGUCGUGUUCGGUGGACACGGGGUCGUGUUCGGUGUACACGGGUCGUGUUCGGUGUACACGGGUCGUGUUCGGUGGACACGGGUCGUGUUCGGUGGACACGGGUCGUGUUCGGUGUACACGGGUCGUGUUCGGUGGACACAGGUCGUGUUCGGUGUACACGGGUCGUAUUUGGUGGACACGGGUCGUGUUCGGUGGACACGGGUCGUGUUCGGUGGACACGGGGUCGUAUUCGGUGGACAUGGGUUGUGUUCGGUGGACACGGGGUCGUGUUCGGUGGACACGGGUCGUGUUCGGUGGACACGGGGUCGUGUUCGGUGGACACGGGUCGUGUUCGGUGGACACGGGGUCGUGUUCGGUGGACACGGGUCGUGUUCGGUGGACACGGGUCGUGUUCGGUGGCCCCGGGUCGUGUUCGGUGGACACGGGUCGUGUUCGGUGGACACGGGUCGUGUUCGGUGGACACGGGUCGUGUUCGGUGGACACGGGUCGUGUUCGGUGGACACGGGUCGUGUUCGGUGGACACGGGUCGUGUUCGGUGGACACGGGUCGUGUUCGGUGGACACGGGUCGUGUUCGGUGGACACGGGUCGUGUUCGGUGGACACGGGUUGUGUUCGGUGGACGCUGGUUGAUAUACAGGAAGCCGACGUCAGGGUCAACGGGACUCGCUCAGACAACCUGCCUUAGGGGCCAAAAUAUGUAUAUUAUAACUGCUGACUAAUCAGAAGAAUAAUAUUAGUAAAUAAUGUAAUAAUAAUAAUAAAGUAAUAAUAAUAAAAUAAUAAUAGUAAUAGAAUAAUAAUAAAAAUAACUGUACUAUUAUUAAUAAUAAUUUUAAUAUUUUUUAUGUAUACAUAAAAUAUAUAUUACAUAAAAGUGACACAUAUUUACAUAUAAUAAACUGUGGUAGAGUUUAUAGGAGUAAAGUGACCACUUUAUUAUAGGAAGUAGUACGAAAUUAUACUUAUUUCAAUAUAUAUCAAUAAAAUUUUAUCAUUUUUAGGGGCAAGUGUGGGUGUUGGGAUGGGGGGGGGGACGGGCUAGAUAUUAACCGUCAGAAACUGUUGGGCAGCAGCAGAUAAGAAAUUAUUCCUCCCUAUAGUUAGAUUAGUAAUAAUGUCGAAAGAAUUAUUAUUAUCAUUAUUAUUAUUAUUAUAGUGUUAUAUUAUUAUAGUUAUAGUGUUUUAUACUUGUUAUGAUAUAUCACCCAUUAUUAUUUUGUAUUUGUUUGUUCGUUCACUACUGUUUUUAUUUCGUGCGUUUGGUAAUGUCUUCGUUGACCUGGUGAGUGCUGGUCCACCCUUGCGUGUGUGUGUGUGUGUGUGUGUGGGUGUGUGGGUGUGUGUGUGUGUGUGUGUGUGUGUGUGUGUGUGUGUGUGUGUGUGUGUGUGUGUGUGUGUGUGUGUGUGUGUGUGUGUGUGUGUGUGUGUGUGUGUGUGUGUGUGUGUGUGUGUGUGUGGAUGUGUGUGUGUGUGUGAGCACCAGUCAUGUUAUCUUCGGUGUUUUAAGGUGUGUAAACCUGUAGCUUUGAUUACCUUAAAUAAAACUUGAGCACCAACUGACUAAUAAUCUAUGCACACACAAUUUCUUACGAGUAGUUAAUACGUCUUGUGCAAUUUUUUAUAUGGAAACUCUAUAAAAUGUGUAGUUAUGGUUGCUCAAUUCACCUGACCGUCUGACUGCUGCAAUAUUGUCGGGCGACAAGCCUUGGUCUGCAUACUGGGCUGGUGUAUUGGUGUGUGUUGAUACUGUCUGUGUAUUGGUCUGUGUACUGGGUGUGGUCUAGCAGCCAGGAGGUGGCUCUGUGGACAUGGUGUGGUCACACAUCGUGUAGGUAAGCAACACCAAGGCCACCAAGCAACAGCCUGGUGGACCAAACUCUCACAAGUCAAGCCUGGCCUCGGGUCGGGCUUGGGGAGUAGAAGAACUCCCAGAACCCCAUCAA